AUGGACCUUGACAUGGCGCCAGUCAAACGAGGCUGGACUGAAAGAUGGAGAUUAUGGACCUUGACAUGGCGCUGGUUAGAUGAAGCUGGACUGAAAUUUGGGACUGGAGUACACGAUGGUCAGCCAAUUUCAAAAUCCUGCCAUCCAUGUUGUCAACCUGUACAACCAGCACUAUACGCACUGAAGAGCACUUAUCUUUUCAGGCCUUUCAGAACCCAAUUAGGAAAAAUCCCAGCUCAAUUAUACCCUUCAAAGAAGGUUUUAGUACAGGUAGGAAGAUCAGAACCCGACGGGACUGAAUUUCUGGCGGGGGAAGAUUCUGCAGAAUUCGACUUGUCGAAACAGAAGAUUUCGUCAUGGGUUUAUUUUAUGGGUGUUGCAGGAGUUGUAGCUUAUGUUCUUAAUGUGGCGUGGAUUGAUAGCUCCACUGGAUUUGGUAAACCAUUCAUUGACGCUGUUUCUAGCAUUUCCGAGAGCCCUGAGGUUGUAAUGUUAAUCCUUACCAUCAUUUUUGCAAUCGCUCAUAGUGGCUUAGCUAGUCUGAGAGACGCAGGUGAAAAACUCAUUGGAGAACGCGCAUUCCGCGUAUUAUUUGCUGGAACAGCUGUUCCACUAGCUCUUAGUACAGUUGUUUAUUUCAUUAACCAUAGAUAUGAUGGUGUACAGUUAUGGCAACUACAGGGUGAUCCUGCAAUACAUGAACUUGUUUGGUUCUCUAAUUUUAUUUCCUUCUUUUUUCUCUACCCGUCAACCUUCAAUUUGCUUGAGGUUGCGGCUGUUGACAAGCCUAAAAUGCAUCUUUGGGAAACCGGAAUAAUGAGAAUUACAAGGCACCCACAGAUGGUUGGGCAAGUAAUUUGGUGCGUGGCUCAUACAGUUUGGAUUGGGAAUUCUGUUGCGGUGGCAGCUUCUGUGGGUUUGAUUGCACACCAUCUUUUUGGUGUCUGGAAUGGAGACCGUAGGUUGGCUAUACGAUAUGGUGAGGCUUUUGAAGUUGUAAAGGCAAGAACAAGUGUCAUCCCAUUUGCAGCAAUUCUUGAUGGGCGCCAGAAGUUGCCAAAAGAUUAUUACAAGGAAUUCCUUCGACUACCAUAUCUAACAAUAACAGCAUUAACUUUAGGUGCAUAUUUUGCUCACCCACUUAUGCAGGCUGCCAGUUUUCGGCUUCAUUGGUAG